UCGCGCUUAUCGCGCAUUGGCCUUGAUGUGACGUAACAAUGCAUAUUAUUAUAGGUUAAUCAAUCAAAGAAGAAAAACAAUGAAAAGAUUCUGGAAAAGAAAGCCCGCGAACCCAGUCCUACCACCCCACCAAGUGUUGAAUAUUUAGAACUUGUUCGUUCGGCAUCGAAAGCGAUUUGUAACAAUCGAUAUCAUGACGCAGCGAAAGAUUACAACUUGGCUAUUCAGCUUAUGCUCAGCGUUGGGUCGCAGAUAUCGAUGACGGCGCCUGAGAAGUUUGUUUUAUAUUACGUACGUGGUUCCGCUUCUUUGGAGACGAGGUUACCCGGCGAAAUACGAAGCUCGAUUAAUUAUUUCAACUUUAUCUGCGGUAACGAACGACCCGUCGCAACUUUCAACCACCCGAUGGCGCUAUACGCUAAGGCUCAUGCUCUUUAUUUACUCAAUAAUUUCACGGUGAGCGGUGAAGCAUUACAACAAGCCAAUCAUGUGAUCAAUCGAAGUCAGUUCCGUGGAUUCCUCACUUACCCAGGAACUGACCAAGUUAUUCCGGAAUCAUCUUUGUCAAAACUUUCUCAAUUAAUGAAACAACUAGCGUCAUUGUUACGACACCCCCCAUCACCUAUAGCUGUGUGCAGAUAUGACGACUGUUAUAAAGAAAAUAAAAGAAAAGAAAUUUAUUCAACUGAUUUUAAUUUUGAGGGGUUUGUUCAAGUUUCCUGUCAUUGGAAGUGCGUGAUUUGUUUUCAUAUUAAAUGUUGGACCAAACUAAGGAACGAAACAUACGAGAAAAAAAGAGACAAAGAUGUGUUUACCCAACCAUGCGUAACGGACGGGUGUCGAGGACAAAUUUAUAAGAUUUCUAUUAUUGAUGAAUUUGAACAAAUAAAGAAACAUAAAUGGGAAGGUAAUUUAAUUGACGAGCGAGUUGCUAAGCAACACGUCAAACAAUCGAAGAAUGAUAGAAAUUUUAUAAAACGUCGCAAAUCGAUGAAAGAAGCGAAAGAACGAAAGUUGAAAUGGAGGGAAAGCAACCGAGUCGAGGAGUUACCUGAAGAAAAUAAAGAGCCUGAAGUUUUGAAAGAAAUUCCAGAAAAUAAACCUUUGAAAGUAAUUACAGAGCAAGAUAUAUUGAACGCUCAAGUGUUGAGGAAAGAUGAGAAAGAAAUUGAAACGACGACCAAAACCGUUAAGAAUAAAAAGAACAAACAAAAGAAGAAAGGUGCUGUAAGUCUACGGGAUUUUCUUGGGGGAGGAAAUAUUACAAGUGAACAAGCAUUUGAAAUAAGUGAAAAUGAAAAAUUAUUGAUGGAUAUAUACUCUUACUUUGAAGAUUUCUUUUCCCACAACGGCCCAAUGCAUGUCACCAAUGCUUUACUUAUACAACAAAUAUUCCAUCUCCCAAACAACAUGCGCUCGUGCGUCUACCAACAUAAUGGGAUUAUUUCAUUUCUUAAAAUGAAUCCACGAAAAUUCUGUCUUGUGAGGUCAUACAUUGGAUUGUUACGUCACGAAGAACAAUUGUUUAAACUCGCCGAUAUUGACGAUGAAUUGUUGGCUGCUCAGGAAAGCAAACUACUGGCUGAGAAUAUGAUGUUGGAUUCACUGGACACCUUUGGAGGAAAUUCAGAUUUUGCUCGAGAUUUGUAUCAAGUUGGGGACAUUCCCUUAGAUAAGAUUGUCGACAUAACAGGGAUUCCCCCGAGUGAAAAUCCCCCUCAAAGUAACAAAACGGGGGUUUCCCCUCCAGAUUACUCUGAUACAGAAAGUCAACCUGUUUUAAACGAAGCGGGCCCCCCACCAAACCGUUUGCUUUCAUGGACCAAACUAUCCGAUGACCAAUUCAUGGCCAAACAAAAAGCUGUGGGCGAGAGUUCCCCUUAUGUAAGCAAUCCUACUGGGAAUCUCCCUUUUACGGAUGCCAAUGUGGAAAAAGUCUCCAAUAGAAAUCCCCCUGGUUUGACCUUACCAGCUAGAAUUCCCCCUGCUGGGAAUCCCCCUGUUGUAAAAUCCCCUGCUGGGAAUCCCCCUGUUGUAAAAUCCCCUGCUGGGAAUCCCCCUGUUGUAAAAUCACCUGCUGGGAAUCCCCCUGUUGUAAAAUCACCUGCUGGGAAUCCCCCUGUUGUAAAAUCCUCCGCUGGGAAUCCCCCUGUUGUAAAAUCACCUGCUGGGAAUCCCCCUGUUGUAAAAUCACCUGCUGGGAAUCCCCCUGUUGUAAAAUCACCUGCUGGGAAUCCCCCAGUUGUAAAAUCCCCUGCUGGGAAUCCCCCUGUUGUAAAAUCACCUGCUGGGAAUCCCCCUGUUGUAAAAUCACCUGCUGGGAAUUCCCCUGUUGGAAAAUCCCCCGCUGGAAAUCCCCCUGUUGUAAAAUUACCUGCUGAAAAUUUCCCUGUUGUAAAAUCACCUGCUGGGAAUCCCCCUGUUGUGAGUGACAAUUCACUUUCGAAUAAAAUGGACGAAUAUUUGGGAAGUUCUAUUCCACAGACAUCAGGCGCCUUGUCAAUAGACGGGGUUACGAUUUCCCCUCCCCCCAACCUUCCUACUAGUGGUGGUAUCAACGCUACAAAGCUCCUGGACCCUUCCUCAGGCACGCAACCACCACAAGAUGACCCAAAUAUUAUAAAAGCUUUUAACCUAAGUGGUGGAAGGGGUUUGUUCCAAGACACAAUCAACAUAAACACUUCUGAUGUCGCCCCUGUGCCAGAUGAUGCGAACCUCCCGUUCAAAAGAGACGGAAACACAAAGUUUUUCUACGUCAAGAAAAAGAAAACAAGCAAAUAUGUUCAAGCUACAAUGACGAGCAGCACACGAGGGGUUCAAACAAAGAUCAUUCCUUCGUAUGAAGCUGCUAUUCGUAAACUGGAUGAUGAAAAGUUUAUGUUGCAGAACAGGCUAGAGGAAGUAAAUGAUAAAUUCACACGCCUCACGAUGACAUCACGCACGGAGACCACGACAGCCAAUAAGAAGAUAGCAGAGUUGGAGGGAGAUUUGAAAUCAGCCAAUGAGAGAGCAGCAUUGGCAACUCAGCAACUGGAGGGGGAGAAUCGUAAAAUAACGAAGGAUCGGCAAACGUGGAUGGACUCGAUCAAAAUUAUGAAGAAACAAGUUAAGGAUGCUCAAGACGAGGCUCUUCAACUCCAUCGUGUGGUGGAAGAAAAGGAAAAAGAAAUUUUGAAUUCUCGUCGAAAGUUGUCGUCGUUGACGUCAGAGUCGACGAAAUUAACAGGAGAUCGCGAGAAGUUGACGAGGUUGCUCGAUGACGAGAAGAAGCGCACGAUGGAGGCAGAGUUACAAACAUUGGAAACAAAGGAGAAUCUCGGACUUCGUGUUUUGGUGAAAGCUCGUAGCGAUUGUCAUAAGAUAUCUAUGGAUAUGGAAAGACUAGCAAGGCAAUGCGUGGAGAACGCCACUAUAUAUCGCGAGCUUGGUGCAGGGUAUAAUAUAUGGAGAUCAAACAUGGAGGCUUGCUCCUCGCUUAUAAAACAAAUCAAUAAACAGUUCGCUGCACAAUCGGAGCAGAUAAGGAGUGGGGUUCCACUGAAGGAUUUACCCGAGAUCCAAAUACCCAACCCCCCGCCCCCAGGUCCCAUGCCACAACAAAUAAUGAUGAGGUUAAGAAUAACGGGCCAACCCCUCAACCUACAAGCCUUGUCACCCAAAGAAACCGGGGAACCCCCAGCCCCACCCAUGCCAACCCCAAGAGUGGAAAGUCCCCGAAGUAGCGGGUCACCCCGGCCCCCACAACGACCCAUCGGGACGGGGAAACCCCAACCCAGGAAUCUCCAACCUAACAACAAUCAACAAAACAACGAAGCAACAGCAGCGCCACCUAAGGGAAGUUUCGAGCGCAUAAUGAUCCAACUUUCGACGUUGUUUCCGAACACUGCAAGACAAGACCUUGCCCUCUGCAUAAAGGAAGUUCGGCAAAACAACAACAAUUCGUUAACCGGUCUCUCUCUUGAUGACAUCAUAAAGCAAGCUUCCAUUGUUCUUCAUAAGAAGGGGAUUGUUCGGUCACAAAGUGGGGCGUCGGCUCCUCAUAACGGUGGGGCGUCGGUCCACACAUGGAAACCACAGCUACAGACAACGUACCGAGGCAACGAUGACGACGAACCUUGUGUGAUCUGCCAUGAAGCUUUGCAUGCGUUGACUGUUCAUAAACUUAAGUGUGGACAUGUAUUCCACAACGAUUGUUUACGACAGUGGUUGUCGCGUAAUCGAACUUGCCCGACGUGUCGCGGUCAUGCCAUUGAUACGUCAGAAUAUCCUGCAUUGUCAUGAAUGGUUGUGAGUAUGACGUAACAAUGACACUUGUACAUACACGUAAUAGUUGAGUUGGAAGGGAUGACGUAGACCUUGAUGACGUCACUUUACCACAAUCGAGUUUUACGAAAAAAUGAAGAUUUUAAUUUUUUACAAUUUUAGACGUAGUGUUUUAAUAGUGUGACGUAAUAAUUAUGAUCGUUUUUAAAGUGUGACGAAAUAAAGUGAAUUAAAAUGAA